GCCCCCCGCGCUGCCACCCAGCGAGCCCGCAUCAUGGAUGUCGAACUCUCCUAUUUCGCUUUGCUCGCCUUGGAAUUCGAGUCCCCAGACGAGGACCAGGAUUCAUGAACCGGCCGCAGGGGCCCGGGCAGGGGCCUCUGGCUCCCGACGCUGGCCGAGAGGUGAUGAGUGAGGUCGGAAGAUCGGAAGAUUUUAAAAGCAACCAGGGCCUCCGUGUUGAAUGAAGGACCCAGUUCAAGCAAAGGCAUCACCAUGAACACGAGCAUUCCUUAUCAGCAGAAUCCUUACAAUCCCCGGGGCAGCUCCAAUGUCAUCCAGUGCUACCGAUGUGGAGACACCUGCAAAGGAGAAGUGGUUCGCGUCCACAAUAACCACUUCCACAUCAGAUGCUUCACCUGUCAAGUGUGCGGCUGCGGCCUGGCCCAGUCAGGCUUCUUUUUCAAGAACCAGGAGUACAUCUGCACCCAGGACUACCAGCAACUCUACGGCACCCGCUGUGACAGCUGCCGGGACUUCAUCACCGGCGAGGUCAUCUCGGCCCUGGGCCGCACCUACCACCCCAAGUGCUUCGUGUGCAGCUUGUGCAGGAAGCCUUUCCCCAUCGGAGACAAAGUGACCUUCAGCGGGAAGGAGUGUGUGUGUCAGACGUGCUCCCAGUCCAUGGCCAGCAGUAAGCCCAUCAAGAUCCGCGGACCAAGCCACUGUGCUGGAUGCAAGGAGGAGAUCAAGCAUGGCCAGUCGCUCCUGGCACUGGACAAGCAGUGGCACGUCAGCUGUUUCAAAUGCCAGACCUGCAGCGUCAUCCUCACCGGGGAGUACAUCAGCAAGGAUGGCGUCCCGUACUGCGAAUCUGACUACCACUCCCAGUUUGGCAUUAAAUGCGAGACAUGUGACCGAUACAUCAGCGGCAGGGUCUUGGAGGCAGGAGGGAAGCACUACCACCCAACAUGUGCCAGAUGUGUACGCUGCCACCAGAUGUUCACCGAAGGGGAGGAGAUGUACCUCACAGGUUCUGAGGUUUGGCACCCAAUCUGCAAACAGGCAGCCCGGGCAGAGAAGAAGUUAAAGCACAGGCGGACGUCUGAAACUUCCAUCUCACCGCCUGGAUCUAGCAUUGGGUCACCCAACCGAGUCAUCUGCGCUAAAGUGGAUAAUGAGAUUCUUAAUUACAAAGACCUGGCAGCUCUCCCCAAGGUUAAGUCCAUCUACGAGGUACAACGCCCUGACCUCAUUUCCUACGAGCCUCAUUCCAGAUACACGUCUGAUGAGAUGCUGGAGAGAUGUAGCUAUGGAGAGUCGCUGGGAACGUUGUCUCCCUACUCCCAGGACAUCUACGAGAGCCUGGACCUCCGGCAGAGACGGGCCUCCAGCCCGGGGUACAUCGAUUCCCCCACCUACAGCCGGCAGGGCAUGUCCCCCACCUUCUCCCGCUCGCCUCACCAUUACUACCGCUCCGGGCCCGAGAGUGGCCGGAGCUCUCCAUACCAUAGCCAGUUAGAUGUGAGGUCCUCCACUCCAACCUCUUACCAGGCUCCCAAGCACUUUCACAUCCCAGCUGGAGAAAGUAACAUCUACCGGAAACCCCCGAUCUACAAACGGCAUGGUGAUCUGUCAACAGCAACCAAGAGCAAAACAAGUGAAGACAUCAGUCAGGCCUCCAAGUACAGUCCAGCCUACUCGCCAGACCCCUAUUAUGCUUCAGAGUCUGAGUAUUGGACCUACCAUGGGUCCCCCAAAGUUCCCCGAGCCAGAAGGUUCUCAUCUGGAGGAGAGGAGGACGAUUUUGACCGCAGCAUGCACAAGCUCCAGAGCGGAAUUGGCCGGCUGAUUCUGAAGGAGGAGAUGAAGGCCCGGUCCAGCUCCUACGCAGAUCCCUGGACCCCACCCAGGAGCUCCACCAGCAGCCGGGAGGCCCUGCACACAGCUGGCUAUGACAUGUCCCUCAACGGCUCCCCUCGGUCCCACUACCUGGCUGACAGUGAUCCCCUCAUCUCCAAGUCCGCCUCCCUGCCUGCCUACAGAAGAAACGGGCUGCACAGGACACCCAGCGCAGACCUCUUCCACUAUGACAGCAUGAAUGCCGUCAACUGGGGCAUGCGAGAGUACAAGAUCUACCCUUAUGAACUGCUGCUGGUGACCACAAGAGGAAGAAACCGACUGCCCAAAGAUGUGGACCGGACACGUUUAGAGCGCCACCUGUCCCAGGAAGAGUUCUACCAGGUCUUCGGCAUGACCAUCUCUGAGUUUGACCGGCUGGCCCUCUGGAAGAGGAAUGAACUGAAGAAGCAAGCCCGGCUGUUCUAGACAGAGGCUCUAUAAAUAUGUAUGCAUUUAUAUAAAGAUAUAUGUAAAAUCUCUAUACUGAAGCCCGGUAUAACCCUCUUGUGUAACGGGACACACUGCCUGCCAUGAGACUUGCUUUUCUGUACUGUCAGGCAAGCCCACGUCAUCGAGAUAUUUUUAUGCUCCUUACUUUCUCUUUUCUAAAUGCAACGGGGUUUGGGAAGGGAUUUGAGGGGAUACCCAUCCUUUUACUGGGGAUCCUUUUUAUACUGAACCAUCUGUCCUAACUUGAGUCCCCCAAGGUCCAGCCCUCUUUCCUAAAGGAGGCGCCUGAAGUCCCUUCUCUCUGCUUCUCGGCUCUUCCCAGUCUCGAGGGUGGAUGCUGACCAUGCUGUUCUCACACCUUAUUGGCCCCAGAGGGGCCUCCCCUGGGAGGAUCCACAGGGAUCUCCCAAAGUCGCUGAGCACCUUGGAGAGCCCUUGCAGAAUUUUCUCAUCACCCACAAUUAGGAGCUCAGUGCUCUCUGGGGGUGAUGCAGUCAGAAGUGUGGGCCUGACCUACCCCUUAUAGCAGUCAACAGAAAUGGACAGGGCUGUGGCCUCUCCUGAGCUCUUCAAUCCUCCUCCUCUGUCCUUGAUCCUAACCUCUCCCUGCUCCAAAUCUGUGACUUAUGGUAGGAAAAGAAAAGUCGCUUCCUCCUGGCCCCUGACCUGGAGAACCAGAGGGAAGGAAUGGGAGACAGGAGGGCACCUGUUAGAAUUGGAGCUACAGGACCUCUUGGGACCCUCCCCUCUCCCUCACGGCUCCAAGCACCUCCUGACACCCCCUUUGGAGGAGAGGCCCAUUAUUACAGCCUAUAUUCUGCAGCCUUACCACAAUCUAUGUGCCUGACAACUCAACACACACAGGUCUAAUGUUCCCAUCACAGCCCUAACCGAACAACUAGACAGACAACCUCUAACACCCCUCUCAAGGUGAUGUAGGCCAUGUUCCAACAAAAGGUUCCUGGUCUAUGCCCACUGGUCCUAGGGCUGGCAGGGUAACCCAGCCAGGCCCUGGCUCCCACUGCAAAGUUGGCCAGGUUUUACAGGGGAAACUUUCUGAAGAAUGGUGUUCGUGAGAUUCCAGAAUGAAGCCCUGGCCCACACCACUCACAGUUCCCCUGGGUUUUCCCAGUGGCUGCUCUUCCUGCCUCCCUGCCUUUUGGAACAGGGGUGAAUGCUUAGCCUUCUCUCCUCCCCUUUCCAGACCUUCUACCCUGAGUUGGUGAUGUUUGGGGGGGAGUCUGCUCCUUCCGGGAGAUGCCUUGAGUUGGGCAAUUUUGAGAUCUUGGAAGAAGGACAAAUACAUGGAAAUAACAAUGAUGACUCUUAAGAGGCUGGUGAUGUGACGUGGCAAAUGUAGAACUGACUUCAAUUCAACAAACCCUCACUGAGCACCUGCUGACGCUGAGCACUUGCUGUAUUCUGAGCACUGAAUGGGGGAGGGAGGUGGGAACACGGGGAUGAUGGGCACGGGCCCUGGUCUCGGAGACAUGCCGACUAACAAUGUGUAUGGUGAGGCAUGUACUCAAACAUGACGGAGGUAAUGUGGAAAGUGAUGAGAGACGGCAUGAGAAAGUGACAUUACUGGAAAGGCAGAUGCAGCUGGUGCAGACGAAGGAGAGCUUUCUAGAAGAGAUUGCAUUUGAGCAAAAUUCGGGAAGUAUCUUUGUAAACUGGGAGGGGACUAUAACUUGAAAGGGUGAAAGGCUGAGGGGCCGGAAGGGAGGUCUAAUAUGCUCUCAUUUAAAAUAUCAACCCUCUCUGUUACUUCUCUUUAUGGCCAAUGUCUUUCAACUGUCCUGACCCCUUAGAAAUGUCCCCGGCCAGACGCAAUCAUUGAAACUGCCUCAUUAUCACUGGUUGAGAACUUGGCAAGAUUUGAAGGGCUUCUGUCACUGUUGGUGGAUAGUCUUGUUUCCCAUAAAGGCACAUGAUUUCAACCCAGACCUGUGUCCUGUUGUUUGUAGUGGGAGUGGAAAUGAGCGACAUGGAAAAGAGGCUGAACCAUGCACAUUUUUUCAAAAUAAAA